CACGGUCGUUGAAGGGAGAGUCAACCUGGAUAUACGAAGAUUAUAUCAAGUGGAUUUGACAAGUCGCCCAAUGCAGUUGUUGGAAAUGACAUUUUAAAUCUGCUCCCGCCGAAGUGGCAGGAUAAUGGAUAUCCACCGAGUUUAGGAGCGAGCGGCCGCGGAUUUGGGGAGCCCCACCGAAAGCAACUAAUCUGACCUGCUGGGAUAUUAAUCACUGCAAUGACCGAGUCCUCAAAACCGCCUUCAGGGAGGAGAAUGAAGGCGCACGCCCCUCCUCCCCCGCGGAUUCCUCAACCCGCUCCUCGCCAGAUCUUCAGAAACCCUGCACCCGACAGUGGAGGGACGUCGGGCAUGGACGCUAAGGAGAACAUCCUGAAGCCCACCGUGGAGUUCAAGCUCACGCUGCCACAGGGACACCAGACGUCUGUGAUUGAGGAUGGAAGUAAAGCGCUGAUGGACCUGCUGGUCGAGCUGUGCAGUCGCUACCACCUCAACCCGGCGCUGCACACCCUGGAGCCGCUGUCGCCCGAGGGCCACUCUCUGGGGUUCAAACCCAACGCCCUGCUCGGUUCGCUCAACGUGGCCGCCAUCGUCAUCAAGCAGAAAGUCUGGGAGGAGAAAGUGCCGCGCAGACCAGCACCCAAAGUUCCCGAGAAAACCGUGCGUUUGAUGGUGAACUUCCACGGCAGCCAGAAGGCCGUGGUCCGGGUCAACCCGCUGGCGCCACUCAAAGCUUUGAUACCAGUCAUCUGUGACAAGUGCGAGUUUGAGCCGUCACAUGUGCUGCUCAUGAAGGACGGCGUCAGCCGCCACGAGCUGCCGCUGGACAAGUCUCUGACGGACCUGGGGAUCAAGGAGCUCUACGUACAUGAUCAGAGUCUAGUUUUCCAGCCUAAAAUGGCUUCGGUCCCUGCUCUUAACUACUCAGAAUCCACUCGCUCCAGUACAACCAGUUUGGGAAGAGCAGAGAAAAAAGGCUUGCUGGGUGUCUUCCAGUUCAGCAGGCGGAAAUCAAAGACAGAUCCAACUUCUAAGGACAUGGAUGACUAUGAUGGUAAAAUAAUCCAAAAUACAGACAUGCACCAUGAUACUCUGUCCACAAUAUCUGGGAUUCCCUGCCUGGAGGACCGGACUGGCACCUUGAGCCAGUCACAGUCAGACAUGAACAUCCCCAGGAUGUCUCCCAAGAGCGAUGCUAAGAAGAGGAGGGCCCCUGUACCACCGGGAGCCCUGAAGCCCGGCGUGGGAGACACCAGCUACGAGAGCUUUCAGAUGAACCUUGGUUCAGAAAGCCAGCAGAGGAAAAGAAAGGCUCCAGCUCCUCCUCCCACACCGACUUCCGUCUCCCAAGGCUCCGAUGAUGCUUCAGCAUCCACCGCUGCCACUCCUGACAGCUACGAGACAGAGGCGCCUGUCCCGGCCCUCUUCAUCAGGGUGGCGCAGUCAUCCGGCGUCUCUGCUCCCACCGUGGUAACGCAAACGUCAAAACCAGCCCCCAUUAAGGUAGCGGUCAAACCUCUGCACGUGUACGACGACGCCCCGGCCCGCAGCUCCCCGACCCCGAGCAGCAGCACCGCCGACAGCCUGACCGCGCAGGAUUCAAGCUCUGAGCUCAGCCACAGCCUGGAGGACUCAGACGCUGACCUGGACCAGACCGGCUCCCGCUGCAGCACCCUCACCAGCAGCUCGGCCAGCGGGUCCGUGCGAGUCCUCGCCGCCGCGGAGACGUCCGUCAGCGGUGUGACGGCUCGGUCAAACGAAGAAGAGGAGUCUGACAGCAGCUCCAAGUCGGAGACUGAGUCAGCCCUCAACCUCAAACUGGAGGAGAUGGAGAACAGCAGACACAGCGCGAUCGGAAACACCGAUCGACCGGUGCCACCCAAACCUCGCCGCUUCCCAGCCCGGGAGUCACCGCGGCAUGUUACACCCCCCACCACGUCCACUAUUCUCCCAUCCUUUCCCCCUAUUGAGUCCACAGAAACCCCGCAGGAGUUGCUGGAGGCGGAGGAAGCAGCUCCUCAGUCUUGGCUCCACUCGGCACACCGCUCUGCGUCCAAAGGUCAGAAACCGGCAGCCGAGGACGAGACUCUCUCCCUGAGCAGCAGCACCGGCAGCAGCAGUCUGCACGACCACGGCUACGCUGCUUCUGAAGGCACGGCGGAGGACUCGGGCGUUGUCAGCUCUAUGUCCGACAACCUGCCCACCUCCCCGGACAGCAGCUAUUCUCUGGACGGAAGAGGUGCGAGCAGAGGAGGGAAACUGCCGGGCCCUCCUCAGGACAGCUUCAGCGACAGCGACGAGGGCUGCGCCACCUGGGGAUCAAUACACAGGCAUAAUAACGUCAGCCUAAAGGCGGAGUCACCUGGAUUAAAGAACAACUACAACGACCGCGAGCUCACUACUCAGCUCCAUCAGACUUUGGCAGAUUUUGACGCAGACCUUGCCGGCCAUUUAGAUGUUGUCUCACCAAAAAAGACGACUCACACCAUUUUCAUGGACAGCGAUAAAGUGCCAGUGUCUGUCAUAGACAUGGAAGUGCCAGUCACAGUCAUAGAUGAAGUCCUUGAGGACUACGAGUAUCAUUCUGUUGAACGCAAAGGGAAGUCACUCACUCGGACAGAGUCAGUGAGCAGCAAAGGUUCAGACUCUGAUCAAUCAUCAAACAUGGAGCCACAGAACAAAAACAACAAUGCUUAUACAGCCGCAGUCAGCGAUAAGAAAAGCGCUGUAAAUACGAAACUGCUGUCCCAGUCAGAGCAGUAUGGUAAACAGCAGCAGAACAAGUCUGUUAGUGCUGAAAAACAAGAAAAGGUGAUUAAGACAAAAAUUAAUAAAAGCACUGCUGUUCACGCCAAGACAGUGAAAGAAGAUAAACAAACAUCGGCAGCGAAGUCUACUGUCGACGUGCCGAAAAAGAGCAAGAGCACCAAGUACUGCCCUGACCCCGUGGAGAGCAGUGCUCAGAAAAAAACUGAUCUCCCUCCGCAGAUCCAGAGAUCAGUGACCGCAAAGAAAGAAGAAAACGCGCAUCCGUAUCAAAAUACCUCCAGUUCCAACACUGCACAGAGUAAAAUCACUCGAAACGUCACAUCGAGAUUCGGUAUGAAGACGUUCACCGUGGUUCCUCCCAAACCCUCCGUCAUACACACCGACACCGAGCAGCCAGCGGCCAGAUUAACCCCCGGUGCCAUUAAGAUUGACGAUCAGGGAAACAUGGUGACGGCCGGGGUCUCCUGGAGCAAGGGCCGCGGCUCGUCAGAGUCCGAGAACACGUCGAGCAAGGAUUCCGCUCUUCUUGGACAGGCCAAAACGUUUUGGAGCUCAAGCGAAAGACAAGAAAGUGUCCACGGCAAAGAUGUGUUCGAAAAGCCCAAGGAGAGCACAAACAGCAGGAAGGCUUCUCCUGCUGCAGUUAUGGAAACCAGUCCGAAGACGUUUGGCUCGGAGCAGCUUAAAACAAGACAAAGUGCUCUUCCUAAAAUUACAGCGAGAGUCCAGUCUGAGAAGGUCGUAGAAGAAGUCGCCCAAGUGCCAGUGGAAGACGUCAGAGUCACGAAGAAGGAGCAGUUUGAGGUGGACAGCAAGACUUCAAUGUCCAACAGCUUCCAGCCACCAAGUACUAGGCCUGCCGUUCCUCCUCCUCUACUUCCAGACCCGUCGAGGGACCUGUCCUUCCUCAAACCAUCCAGACGGACCUCAAGCCAUUACGUGGCAUCAGCCAUUAGUAAAUACGCCCCAACAAGCUCAGGGAAGCCCAGCAGCCUCCCGAAGUCCCCCGACUACUCGUCUGGCCUCCAGAAACCACGCCAGUCUGUUCAAGUCAAACCACAACAGUCUUCCCAGUCGUCUUUUUCAGACAAAAAGGAGAACGUCUCUGUUGUUAAGUCACAAUCUCCUGCUUCGAAGAGAUCUACGAGCUCUCCACAGUUCAUGUCAGAAAGUCAGAGAGAUUUUGGAGAAGCGAGGCGGGACACGGCCGAGAUGAAAAGUCGACUCAAGUCCACCAAAGAAAGUCCUCAAACGAUGGAGACCGAUGGAGCCAGAAACGUUCACAUUCAGUUGAAUGGAACCACCCAAAUGAAAGCAACUCACCAUAAUGGAGUUAAUGUCAAACACACUCAUCCUCGAAGCCCGAGUCCAGCAGGAAAACAGUUUCUUCAUUCAGCCACCAAAACACCCGUUGCCCCGAAGGUCAUAUUCCACGGCACGACAAAUAGCUUGAAUAGCACAGCCAAGACUGCACCUCAUCCGAGCGCUAAUGUGAAACCGCAGGCUUCAGUCACGGUGUCAGACAGCGGUGCGACCUCCGGGCCUCCAGCUGUGACACUGUUUGGGCCAAUUACGAAGUUCAGGCCAGUGAUCCAUAAAGCGGUUGAGAAGGAGACGUCUUUGCACAGCAGCCUGAUGGAGGCCAUCCAGACAGGUGAAGGCAGGGACCGGCUGAAGAAGGUAUCUGCCUCUGGCUCCAGCAGCGUGAAGAAAGGGCCCUACAUGGAGGAGGAGAAUGAAAGAUCUGCUCUUCUGGCAGCCAUUAGAGCGCAGAACAGCACCGGCAGGUUGAAGAAGACUAAAUCUGUGGCCGCCUAUGAGCUCGAGAAGUUCAGGAAGGUUGCCUCCGAAGAGGAGAGGCAUCUGGGCCCUUCCUCCUCCUCCUCCUCCUCCUCCUCCUCCUCCUCGACUGUUUUGACCUACACUUCUCAUGUCUUUAACUCAUCACCUCCUCAAGCACCCAUGGCCUCACCUCCACCUCCACCUCCUCCCCUGGGCUUGCCCCAGGCCAAGCCGAGCUCCGCAGCGAAUCCAAACACUAACGCCUCCAUGAACGCUGCCCUGGCCAGAGAGGCCAUGCUGGAGGCCAUCCGGUCCGGAUCGGCCGCCGACAGGCUCAAAAAGGUGGCUGCACCCAAGAAGACGGUCAAAGUGAACGGCAGACUGGGAACGAUCCAGGCAUCGUCUUCAACCAUCCCAAAGUCAUAAGCGGGGAAUCCCACAUCCCUGCACAAAGGAAUAAUUCAGCACAGUUUGUUUUGAAUCUUUGCAGCGAGCGUUUGUGAUCAUGCACGGAGUCACAUUGGCUGUUUCUGAGGUUUUGCGCUGCCUUCAAAGGGGGUUUCUCACCACAGAUUUGAGGCCUUAAGCUUAAUUUCAAUGCAAUUAGUGACAGGCCAGCAGUCAAAUGGAUGCCAUGACUAUCUUCUUUUUUUUUUUUUUUUGUUUCUACUGCUGAAAAGAAAAUGGCAAUGGUUUGAAAGUUUUCUUUUUCUGUUAAAAGCCAAACACCUGGAACUUUUGUCAAAUACAGGGUUCCUAAGUGAAGGGUUUGCAGUCAAUGCCACUUAGAAAAUCAGAUACUUCGGCUUCUUUUUGCGUUCAUGCUUUUAAGAUAUUGUUGUUCCCUCGUGUAUGUUGCCAUCUGCACUUGAACUCAGUAGUUCUACCCAUAUUGUGCCAAUGAAAGCAAAUUUCAGUUGCAUUCUUUGUUUUUUUUGUUUUUUUGAUCAUUUUUAUUUACCUUAACCACAUUGCGCUGUGACGGCCUUAAACUGUUGCUCAGUCAGUGUUAUGUAUAUGACGUUUGCUACAAAAUUUCCACACUGGGGGUGCAAUAAGGUCCACUUGAUUAUAUUUGCAGAUUUGGGCAAGUUAAUAUUUUGUUUUAACUGAAUAUGACUAUUUAAAAACACGCGUUCACUUUAGUAAACAGUGGGUAAAUCCUUUGACCGUGCUUUCAGUGUGCUAUUUCAUCCAGAUCUGCUCCAUAAUGCCAACUUCAUGCUGUUCUUGGCUCCGAGCAGGACUGAGAUGGUGAUGACCGGCUCCUGCCUGUCGUCAUGUUUGCUCGUUAUGUUGUCGUUUUACCCUCUAACCUUUAUCUGUGCUGCUGUCAAAACACACUCAUGUAUGGUCGGUGCCCUGCAGAAACACGCUGCGUGUCGGUUAUUAACUUCCAUUCGCCAUACAGAGGCUAAAAGGUUGACCUUAACAUAUACAUAUAUAUGUAUAUGUAUAUAUAUAUAUAUAUAUAUAUAUAUAUAUAUAUAUAUAUAUGUACAUAGAGAAGAGAGAGAGAGAGAGAGAGAGAGAGAGAGAGCAUAUAUAGUAAGAAACGAAGAUAAAAUGUUCAUUUUCUUGACAUUUCAAUAUUUUUGAAGCACUGUUAUGGAAAUCCAAGUGGUGAAUUUCACCAAGAGCAUUAGAGAUUAGUUUAUUGAUCAGUAAGCCGUUACUAGACUGUAAUGGUUCCAUUUUAUUAUGAGCACUUGCAGCAGUCAUGUAGACGCAUGUAUGGCCUUAAUUUAAGCAAAAAUAGCUUUUCGUUCUGCUUCUUCAUUGCUUAAAUAGUUUGAAGUAGCAAUGAGGAAAAAGGGAAUGCUGUCAUUAAACAGUAAGACAGAAAUGAAUGAGGAAGGAACAAGAAACUUCAAGCAUUUAAAUUCAGGUACAAAUGUUUGCUGCUGUAUAUUGUGAUAUACAUUUGAGUAAUAGAGAAGAAAAAGUUUUAUAGAGAUUUAUUUGAACAACUAAAACAAUAUUUUUACUGUUCUGUAUUUUACCUUGAAUUUGACAUCUUCAAGAGCAUUUCUGUUUUUUCUUUUCUUUCUUCAACGCGAUAACUGGAAUGAUUUCUUCUCUGUGACCAUCGACUCACAAAAGCCUGCAGCGCAGUGUAGCACUGUAUAUUUUGUAAACUGAGGGAAUCGAGACAGAUUUGAUUUAAUCGAGUAGCGUGAACAUUUUAUAAGCUACUGCUUUUUAAGUUUUAAGUGCAAUUUUUUUUUUCUGUUCAUUGGAAGGUAAUAUUUUUGUUUACCUAAUUUUUGAUCCAAUAAAAUAAUUUUGUAAUCAU